GUUAAGUAGGAAACACUUUUGAAUCGGGAACCCUUGAAAGCAAGGGACUGCAUAUUUUUAACCUGACUUCUCUAACCAAGUCUGAAAACAUUUUAUCUGCUGCACUGUAUUUCUACAUUGGAGAGCUGAUGAACAUUAGCCUGAGUUGUCCAGGGUCAAGAGGAUGCUCACAUCAUGCUAAGAGGAAGCAUAUUCAGAUCGAUCUCUCUGCAUGGAUCCUCAAACCCAACAGGAACCAAAGUCAACUUCUGGGUCAUCUUUCAGCAGAUGUGGCCAAACCUCAUCGGGACGUUGUGUCUUGGCUAUCUAAGGACAUCACUCCACUCUUGAGGAAGGCCAAGGAAAAUGAGGAGUUCCUCAUAGGAUUUAACAUAACCCCCAAAGGAUACCAGCUGCCAAAGAAGAUGCUGUCCUUUCCUGAACCUUAUAUCUUGGUAUAUGCCAAUGAUGCUGCCAUUUCUGAGCCAGAGAGUGUGGUAUCGAGCUUACAAGGUCACCGAAAUUUUCCCACUGGAGCUGUGCCCAAAUUGGAUAGCCAUGUCAGGGCCGCCCUUUCUCUUCAACGGAGGAAGAAGCGUUCUACUGGGGUCCUGCUGCCUCUGCAGAACAAUGAGCUUCCUGGGGCAGAGUAUCAGUAUAAGGAGGAUGGGCUGUGGGAAGAGAGAAAGCCAUACAAGACCCUGCAGACUCAGCCCCCUGAGAAGAGCAAGAACAAGAAGAAACAGAGAAAAGGGCCUCACCAGAAGAGCCAGACGCUCCAGUUUGAUGAACAGACACUGAAGAAGGCAAGAAGGAAGCAAUGGAUUGAACCUCGGAAUUGUGCCAGGCGAUACCUUAAGGUGGACUUUGCGGAUAUUGGCUGGAGUGAAUGGAUUAUCUCCCCCAAGUCCUUCGACGCCUAUUAUUGCUCCGGAGCGUGCCAGUUCCCCAUGCCAAAGUCUUUGAAGCCAUCAAACCAUGCCACCAUCCAGAGUAUAGUGAGAGCCGUGGGGGUCGUUCCCGGGAUCCCCGAGCCGUGCUGUGUGCCCGAAAAGAUGUCCUCGCUCAGCAUCUUAUUCUUUGAUGAAAAUAAGAACGUGGUACUUAAAGUAUAUCCCAACAUGACCGUAGAGUCCUGUGCUUGCAGAUAACCUGGCAAAGAACUCAUUCGAAUGCUUAAUUCAAUCAGUUUAUUUUUAUGGACUUUUUGGGGUUUUUUUUUUUUGUACUGCCAAUGCUUUUCAUUCCAAAAGAUGUUUUAAUAGUCAAAGGAGACUGAGCAAAUAGACUGACAGUUUCCACCAAGGGGAACUGGACUGGAUUUGUUUCUGAGUGUAAAGAAAAGCAAAAGUUUAGUAAAUAUGGACAUCAAUUUCUUUCUUUUUUAAUCGCACACGAAAAACCAUUCCAACUGUUGUUAGAACUGUUAGAGAACAGUGACUUAUUUUUGUAACGGGCUUUGAAAAUACAUUGGAGAAACAAUAAUAGCUUAUCAUUUAUCUCUACUCAUAGAGAAUAAAAUAAUUUCCUUCUUUGAAGUAGGCUUAUUGCCUUAGAUGCCUGAGCAGCUCAGUAAGUGCUAAAUAACCCAGUCGACUCUGAUGUGGAUCUUGAACGUUCCUGGGACCCCCGUCCCCUGUGCUUUCCUGCCCUCGGCAUCUGUGGGAGAGUCGAGGGGAGCGUGUGUGCUGAGUGUGUGUGUGUGCGUGUGUGUGCGCGUGUGUGUGCGCGCACUGCCAGGUGCCCAUGCCCUCUGUGGGAAGGUUUGCUUAACAUGGCUUUACAAUUCAGCCUACACAGGAUUCUUUGUUUUUUUAAUUUCAUGUUCUGGCAAGCACCAUUCAAUUAUGAGAACUUUACCAAAAAAGAAUAGAGUGAUCCAAGAGCAUAUGCAGAGAGUUACCACUUGGCCCAGCCAUUUAAUUGGAAAUGCAGUUGUUUUCAUUUCACUGCCUCCCAGAAAAGGAAACCAGCGACGCAAUUUUCCAAAACCCAGAUGUAAUUCCUCUUCUCUACCUCCUUUUCACAAGGACUUUCAUGUGUUCUUUUAAAUUGAAUUCAAAAAUCCUUCCUGAAGCCAUUAGGCUUUCAGUUCUCUUGCUUUGCUUUCACGUCCUGUGACGCGAUCAGUAGACACUGAGGCUCAGGCGCCAAUGGGACAGCGGAGGUUUCUUCAAGGGCCCAGCUCAGUAACAAUCACAAGUUCAUUGCUGUUCUUCGGCCACAUUCAGGUCCAGGCACGUUUGCACACGGACCUAGGCUUUUGACUCGGGUGUGGAAGUUAUUUUUUAGUAAGUCACUAAAAAGCAUCCACCAAGAAAGGGAGUCAAAUAUAGGCGCUGUGUUUCCCCCCCAUUUCCAUUUGUCACAAACAUUUCCCCUUGUACCUUUGCCCUUGUAUAUUGUCUCAAAAAUCUUUCCCUAGCUGUAUUUACAAGUGCGGAAACAUUCAGAAAUGGUUUCAGACCAUGGAUGUUGUGGUUGAUGUUAUAUAUCUGUGGUUAAAUUAAUCUUCCUCUUAGUUCCGUCUCGCCUGAUGAGAGACAGCUAAGCCAUUUCAGGGCCUGCGAAGUAGUGGAAGACGCGGGGUUUCGUCCUGUCUCUGCCCCUAGCUGUCUAUGGUGGUUCAUCAGUUAAUAAAUGUUUAUUGAGCAUCUAUUUUGUAAAGGACACCGUGUUAGCCACGUGUCCAGUUUAGUGUCCUAAAAUGAAGAGGCCGUCCAGCUGAGCUGGAAAGUCCUUCUGGCACUGAAAAUGCGGGCUUAUCACAUUCGCUGUCUCGGGCACACCUUCCCGGAGCGGGUGGGAGCGGGAUCGUGAACCGCUCAAGUGCCUGUGUCCAUGACCCCUGCAGUGCGGGGCGCGGUGCUCUGUCCCGCGUGCUUCUGUCUCACUGGGAGCCGCGAAGGAAGGGGCCGGGAGCGGUGGCGCUCUGCCAGCUUUGGGAGCGGGGCUGGUGUGCGUGCGUGUGAACGCCGCAAGGGAGACACACCGGUUCUGGAUAAUACACUGAGUUCUAGCGCCUGAGUUACUGUGUUUCUUAUUGUUCAUUGGUUUGUUCUGGUAGCAGGGAGUUAAAGAUUCCAAAUAAGCUAGGUGAUGAAGUUACUUUUUAAAAAACAUUAUCAAAAAUUAGAGAGCAAAAUUACAUAAUAGAAGCAAGCCAGCACGUGGCCACCGUAUCCCAGUCAUACUGUUUUUCAGUAAAGAAAACAUUUUCAUUGGUAGAGUUGAUGAAGUUUUUAAUUAGUUUUUUCUAGAGGUAGUUCAACCAAACCUCUCGCAAUUCCCAGUAUUACUUCCCAGUAUUCUUCUAUCCAGAUGUCCCUUUGUUCGCCUUUCUUAAUUGGAUUUGAUGCCUACUUACUACUAAUUAAGUCCUAAAAUGGCCAAAAAAAGUCCUCUGAAUAAUAAAUAUUUCCAAGUGAAACUAAUCAAGAUUUUAUUUUAAGCAGCAAUUUAUAUGACAAAAUUGAAAACACAGUGAAAGAGCUUGGGUAGUCUCUUGGCAAUCAAAGUAGCUUUUGGCCAGUAGUUACUUUGGGGGCGGCCUUUUACCCAUCAUCUCACUACUGAACUGAGAACACAUUAUGGUAUAAAGAGGAAAAGUUUUAUUCCCAAAGAAUAAAGGGAAUUUUCAGCAGUGGGGGUUGAAAUAAAUGAGCUAAUAUUUUAAUUAAUAAAAAUUUACUUGAAACAGUUUGAAAAUUAAGUGACUAUUUCAGAAUUUGUUAGGUACUAGUGUCUGUGUAAUUACUACAUAGACUUUCUAUAAAUCUCCUGAUAUAAAAGUGGCAGUGAUGAGGAGAGAAAUUACAUUUAUAAUGCCAUUUCAUAAGCCAUGCAUCUCCGCCUCUGUCUCUCUGUCUCCCCAUAUCUGUCUCUGUCUGGUCUCUGUCUGACUCUCCUCCAACCCCCACCCCCACUUCUAGAUGUGAGACACACGGGCACAAACACAGUCACUUAAAAAUGAAUUUUUUUUCAUUAACUCCUCUCUGAAAUUCAAAUUCAGGGCCUGCCAAUGUCAAUAUAGUAUUUUCAAAGUAUUUUUAUUGUAACUCAUGUAAAUAAUAUACAAUUUACAGGAUUUGGGAGUUAUAGAAUUGAAACUGGAAGAUUGGAUUCCCCAGAUCACAGAACUACAAUAUUCCAGAUACAUUUUUACAUUUACCUAGCUGUAUAGUAACUGAUAAUCAUUUAUUCAAUAAGAUAAGAUUUUUACCUUAAUAUUCCUGAAAAAAAUCUCUUGUUGCCCAUUUAAUAUUUUCAUAGACAAUCAUAUGUGUAUAAUACUAUUAUCAGCCUGACAUAAACAUUUUCAUAUAAGUACGUUAUUCAGUUUAGUCUUUCUGCUUUCACUUUGCUCUGUGCUAACAGAUAACUAAUGUCUGGAUGUUGACUUCUUGUUGAAUCAAAGUUGGGUUAAAGAACAGCUAUGCACAUCUGAUGUGUAAGAUUAAAUAUGAGAUUAAAUAGGAAACCUUGAGUAAGUCUGACUUCUCUGUAUAGCUUUUUUCUCUUGAGAAUUGUAUUUUAAUGUAGUUAUAGGUGAUUAAAUGAUCUCCCUUUUCUAAGAACCAAGCCUUCCUCUCAGCUUUCCAUGUAGUUUCUGUAAAUGUUUUAGUUGAGAAUUUAAUGCUUGUACAGUCAAUGGCGAUUUAAAAAAUAUAUAUUAUAUAUGUAUAUGGAAAAACUUUAAA